AUGAGGCCAGACAUUUGUCACCCUGUCUCGAAAGUAAUUGCAAACUUGCAACUUUUCUUUUCGUUUUUUAUCUUUCUCUUUCAUUCUACAUUCAUGUCGCUUGCGCUCAGACUGACCCGGGCGUUCCGCCUCAAUGGCUUGCUUGCCGGUGCCGCAGCCGCCGGCGCCCUUGCGUACUAUCUUGACAAUAAGCCCAGCACGGGCGGCUGGAGCAAAAAACCAUUGGCAGCCGGCGCCGCGUUGAACCAGGCGGCCGCGCCCCUGAAACCAAAAGAGGAGUACCAGAAGUUGUACAACGCGAUCGCCAACAAGAUCCGCGAGGAGGAUGACGCCGACCAGGGCGCAGGGCGGUACGGCGUGUUGGUGCGGCUUGCGUGGCACUCGGCCGGGCUGUACCUGAAGAAGGACAACUCGGGCGGCACUUUUGGCGGCACCAUGGUGUACACGACCGAGGCCACGGACGGCGGCAAUGCCGGUUUGGAGGUGGCGCGGGACUUUUUGUCCGAGUUCACCUACCUGUUCCCAUGGGUGAGCCGCGGGGAUUUGUGGACGUUGGGCGGCGUGUGUGCGGUGCAGGAGGCCGGCGGCCCCAAGAUCCCAUGGCGUGCGGGGCGUGUGGACUGCGACCCUUCGAAGCAGCCGCCACAGGGCCGUUUGCCCGACGCCACGCAGGGCGCUGGCCACGUGCGCGACGUGUUCUCGAGAUUGGGCUUCGACGACCGCGAGACCGUGGCGUUGAUUGGCGCCCACUGCUUGGGCCGCUGCCACACGUGGCGCUCGGGCUUUGACGGCCCAUGGGGCCCGCUGCCCAACAUGUUCACCAACGACUUCUUUGUGCGGUUGUUGCAGGGCUGGCACGUGCGCAAGUGGGACGGCGUCAAGCAGUACGAGGACGACGAGACCAACUCGUUCAUGAUGUUGCCCACGGACAUGGCCUUGAAGGAGGACCUGGCCUUCCUCAAGUACGUCAAGCAGUACGCCGAGGACCAGGAUCUCUUCUUCGCAGACUUUUCCAAGGCCUUUGCCAAGUUGUUGGAGAAGGGAAUCGAGUUCCCCAAGAACACCCCUACAUGGGAGUUCAAGACCUUGGACGAGCAGGAGGAGGACUAG